CAUUCAUGCGAGUUUUUCAUUUCGACGCGUCAACUUCAACUUUAAAACGACACACGACACAUGCUCGGGAGCAGUGCGCGAUCGCGUCUAGUACUUUUCAGUUUCGGUUUCGGUAACGGUUUCGAAUUUGGUUUCGAUUUCGGUUUCAGUUUUGUUGUGUGGUGUUUGCAUUUGAAUAUUUGCCUGCAAAAGCAACUCGAAAAUGCGGCAUGUGGCAUAAGGAUAUGCGAAUUCUUCUAAAAUUGGCAGCAAAUAAGAAGAAAUCUAAAUUAUAUGACAAUGCGGCUGAUUUGACACCUUAAAGGGCAAAGUAAAAGCGAGCAAAAAAACAAAAUUUCGGCCUCCAACUAAUUGGCGAAAAACCCCUAAUUUUGGAUUACCAGCAGGGAAAGGGAAUUUAAAUUCAAAAACUUGAAUUAUGGGCUUAGAGAAACAUUAUUUGAGAUAUGGACGCACGGCUAGAGAUCACCUGCUCCACUGGGCCAGCUGUGGGCGUGGUUGUCGACAACAGCAACAGCAACAACAACUGCCGCAGCAGCAGCAGCAGCCGCAGCCGCAACAACAGCAACAACCGCAAGGGUCAACUGCCACUGGGCGGCGGUCACGCCCACAUGUAACACACAGAGGAACGCCGCUGUCCAUGUUAAUAUCUCAUGGCAUUAAGAUAAGCAAUAAUAGACUAGCUGUGAUAAUUAUUGGUAUAGUUACAUUAAUCUUAGGCAUAGUUUUAACAUCCAUACCAUGGCUGGAUUAUUUUAUACUAAAGAAUUUAAGGCUGUGGAAUGAUACAUUAAGCUAUCAUUAUUGGCAAAGACCUGGCGUUAUACGCCUAACCAGGGUCUAUAUCUAUAAUGUAACCAAUCCGGAUGGAUUUCUCAGCGGCGAGAAGCCUAAGCUGCAGGAAGUGGGUCCGUUUGUCUACAGGGAAGACAUGGAGAAGGUGAAUGUGAAAUUCCAUGAUAACAAUUACACGGUGUCAUAUCAGCAUAAGAAAAUAUUACAAUUUGUUCCUGAACUGAGUAUUGAUAAGAAUACGCCCAUAGUCACGCCCAACAUACCAAUGCUGACCCUCACAAGUCUGAGUCCCAAGCUGGGCUAUCUGCUGUCCAAGACGAUAUCCUUUGUGCUAACUGCGGCCAAGCUGAAGCCCUUCAUCAAUGUGACUGCGGAUCAGCUGGUCUUUGGGUAUGACGACGCGCUGGUCAGUCUGGCGCACAGAUUCUAUCCAAAGCACAUGCGGCCCAUGGAAAGGAUGGGCUUGCUGCUCGGACGCAACGGCACACUGACUGAGGUAUCCAACAUUAAGACGGGCUACCAGGGCAUGGAGCAGUUUGGCUAUAUUGAUUCGCUCAAUGGCAUGAAUCACCUGCCGCACUGGAACGAGGAGCCCUGCACGAGCAUAGCCGGCUCGGAGGGCUCAUUCUUUCCGCCGCGCGACAUUACCAAGUCGGAUGUGGUGCACAUCUACGACAAGGAUCUGUGCCGCAUAAUACCGCUCAAGUAUGUGGAGCGUGUCGAGAAGGACGGCCUGGCCGCAGAUCUCUAUCGAUUGCCCAACAAUUCGUACGGCGACGCAGCGAACAAUCCGGACAACAAAUGCUACGAUGUCAACGACUACGAUGCCGUUAGGGGCCUGCAGAACAUCAGCCCAUGUCAGUAUGGCGCACCUGUGUAUAUAUCCAAUCCACAUUUCUAUGAUGCGGACCCGGAGCUGCUCGACGCGGUCGAAGGUCUAGAGCCGCAGCGCGACAAACACGAAACCUACUUCAAAAUACAACCGAAACUUGGAGUGCCGCUGGAGGGCAAGGUGCGCAUACAGCUGAAUCUGAAGGUGACGCGGGCCAAGGACGUGCAUCCAGUGCGUGAUUUUCGUGAUUUCGUAUUUCCGGUCAUGUGGCUCGAAGAGGGCAUCUCGGAACUGACGCCCGCCAUCCGGGGCUGGCUGUAUCUGGCCACUGUCAUUGCGCCGCACGCUGUGCCCAUUGGCUCCUAUCUGAUGAUCAUGGGCGGCGCCUCGGCUGUCAUUUUCAGCUUUGUGCGUGCCUAUCAGAACUUUGUGUUCGCACGCGAUCCCUCGCUGGAGAUACUCGAGAUGGGCAGACGUUCGCUGCGGCGCGGCAGCAGCUUCAUUGCCCACCAGCAGCACAAGCUGCUGCAGCAUCAUCGGGACAGCUAUGUGCUGCUGCGCACCCACAUGCCACAUGCCAUGAGCGCCUGCCUCGAUCCCGAGCGCGACAGGGACGAUGUGCAGCCGAUAAUUGACAACAGUGUGGCAAGCAAUCAGGAUGCAUAGCUUUAAGUUAUAUGUUUGUGCGAGUGUGUGUGCGAGUGUGUGUGUCCGAGUGUGUGAGUGUGUGCGAGUGCGUGUGUUUGUGCUUAGCUUUAGUCACGUUCUGGCCAAAAUCGUGGCAUAAACUGCUGCCAAAUGAAAAACAAAACGGUUUCGAUGUUUUACAGGGUUUUUUUUUCUAUUCACUUCAUUUGCACACCUGAACCGACAAUUCCACAAUUCAUAUUCUUGCAACCAAAAGCCAAAUCGGGUUUGCUAGUUAUUUAGUACAUAUGCAUAUGCGCAUACUUAUCUAUAGAUAUUUGUAACUUGUACAUAAUUGUAAUUCGCAACUUGUUGAAGCGACAAGAACAAUGAAUUCACUAGUCAUUUUUACAAUGUGAAAAAUGCGAGCUCGUUUCUAGUUCUACUUAGUUAGUUAGUUAGCUCGGCUAAAUUAAAUACAUAAUUUUAAUUUACAAUUAAUUAAAAAUACUGUUUUUAGGCAGCGGUUAAAACGCAAACUUUUACGAUUUUUGU